GGCGCAGGGACAGAGCAUCCUCCAGCACAAACAAGAGCUAUUCUGGGCUGUGACCUGCGAGGAACCGCAGCCCAAAGCGGUGCCUGGGGAGAGCAACCCACACACCACAAUUGCAGCAACCCAGGGAGCGACCUGCCCCGGGGACACCGGCACAGCCGGGCAGCCACCGCUGCAGCGGGUGCACGGUCCCUGCUCCCCCUCCGCCAUGGACCCCGCGGUGCCCAGAGCCACGCUGAAGGUGCUGGGGCUGUGCGCGGCGCUGCUGGUGCUGGUGGCGGCGGUGACGGUGGCUGUGGCGGUGAUGGUGUGGCGCUCCGAGGCGGUGGGCAAGCUGCGGGGCUGCCGGGAGCAGGCGGCCAACGCGAGCCGGGAGCUUGGGAAUGCCGUGGCCGAGCUGGAGCGGGAGCGAGCGCGGCUGCAGCGGGCGCAGGAUGCGCUGCGCAGGGAGCUUGCCCAGGCCCAUGGGGACAGCAAGAAGCUCAAUGGCAGCCUGGUGUCCUGCCGGGAGCGAGCGGCCAGGCUGGUGGCCAAUGUGACAGCGCUGGGGGAAGAGGUGCUGGCCCUGCAGCGGGAGCGGGAUGAGCUGGCCCGUGGCAAAGCGGCUCUGGAAGGGGAGCUGGCUCGGGGUGAGGAGCAGGCGCUGGGGCUGCGGCAGCAGCUGGAGCAGGCGAUGGAGCAGCAGCGAGCGCUGCGGGCACGCAGGGAGCGCUGUGAGGCCCGGCACAGAGACCUCGAGGCCACCCUGAGGGACUACGCGGCCCAGGUGGAUGCUCUGCGGCGGCAGGCGAGGAACCGAGCGACCGGGCGCAGGUGCCCCCCACCCCGGAAGGGCUGAAGAGCCGCAGCCCCCAGACCCCCUCCCUGAUGGGGGCUUGGGGCUGGGCCCCCCACCUGCUGAGCCCAUCAUUGCCAGUCUCACAGCACCCUUUAGCACUGGGACCCAGAAGCCACUCAGCCCCGGCCACUUCUGACCGGCACCAGCGCAUCCAGAUGAAGGAGGUUGGUGGUCACUGUGUGUCCCGACCCCACCGUGUGUCCCGAUCCAGCCAUCUAUCCUGAUCCAGCUGCCUGUCACGAUCCUGCCAUGUGUCACGAUGACUCCACUGUGUCCCAAAGCCACCACAUCCCGAUCCAGCUGCCUGUUGUGAAGCUGUUGCGUCCUGAUCCCACUGUGUCCCGAUGCCACCACACAUCCUGAUCCUCUUGUGUGUCUCAAUGCCACCACCGCAGCAGGACCAGAGCAUGGGAUCACCCAGCUUUUUGGGCAGAGCUUUAGCUCAACCACUGACUCCUUGGAGCUGCUUUAAUCAGUUCCAGGGUCUAACGCCACAUUCCCAGUGCAUUCCAGAAACUGGGAAGACUGGGCAGGGGUUUGGGCAAUAAAGGCUGCUCUGUUCCCUGAGAUGAUCCCCCCAACCCUGCUCAAGCACCACACACACCCCAGGGCUUUAACUGCCACCGCUGGCGCUAGAAGGGACCCCGAAGUCACACUGGGGAUCCAGUGCCAGUGACAAAAGGAGGUGGGAAUGGGGGACCAGUGGCUGCUGCUGUUUUGCAGCCACUUCCCAGGAUCUUUGAUCCUCUUUGAAGAAGGUUUCCAGGAAAGUUGCCGAUUUUCCUGCUGCCGCCGCCGCCACGAUAUCCUGUGCAGAGGGCAGGCAGGCUGAACACAGGCAUCCGGCCUCCUCCUGCUGCGCUUCCCAUGGGACAUCACCCCCGUGCCCCCCGACUUUCCAGGGAAGGGCUGCAGAGCCUGCGAUUGAGGGACCAGCCCCAUUCCCGCAGCCUGAAUCCGGCAGUGCCAAUGAACCUCAGCCCCGCAGCGAUUUGGGAUGGGGAGGACAAGCAGGCACAGCCAUUCCCAUCAUUUCCAAUGGGAAAGGUUAAUUACAAUGGGGGACUAAUUGAAAAAUGGGGCAGAGGGAGGGUCUGCAGCGCU